AUGCCCACCAACCCCGACCACGAAGCCCAAGGCGACAAAAAAGGCCCACGCUGGAUCGGCGACAACCUCCCAUCCCUCCCUCCCGAGCUGCAAUACGCCCAAGACCUGCCCCCCAAAGUAACCGACAAAUACGUCUUCUUCUUCGGCUUCGACAGACCAGAACCUGAAUGCUGUCUCCAACAAUGGUUCCCUUCUCCCUUCGUCGAGAAAGACCCCAAAACAGGCGGAGAACGACGCUUCCACACCAGCGAGCAGUACAUGAUGUAUCACAAGGCCUUGCUCAUGGGUGAUGCCGAGAUAGCGGAUCAAACGCUCGAGGCCGAAACGCCUGCUGAAGCAAAGACACUAGGCCGGAAAGUGAGGAAUUUCAAGCAGCAGAUCUGGGAUGAAAAUUGUGAUAGAGUUGUAGAGGAAGGGCAGUUCUUAAAAUUCGAUCAGAAUGAGGAGAUGAAGAAGGUCCUACUUGGGACAGGUACGAGAGAGAUUGUCGAGACGAGUCCAAACGAUAGACUUUGGGGGAUUGGGUUUAAUACCGAGGAGGCGGAGGCGAAUGUGAAGGAUUGGGGCGAGAAUAAGCUUGGGAAGGCGUUGAUGAGGGCGAGGAAGAGGUUGGGUGGGCAGUAG